UCUCCCACCAUGCAUCGGGUGAUGUCUAAGGAAAGAUGGCGGAAGGAGGAGCGGCUGAUCUGGAUACCCAGAGAGCAGAAGUCGCAGCAUUGCUGAAAACACAACUACGAAAGGGAGAUACUUGGUACCUAGUGGACAGCCACUGGUUCAAACAGUGGAAGAAAUAUGUGGGCUUUGACAGCUGGGACAAGUAUCAGAUGGGAGACCAGAAUGUCUACCCUGGACCAGUGGACAAUUCUGGGCUGCUUACAAGUGAUGGGGAUGUUCUGGCCAUUAAGGAGCACCUCAUUGAUGAGCUGGACUACAUCCUGCUUCCAACAGAAGGCUGGAAUAAGCUAGUAAGCUGGUAUUCCCUCAUGGAGGGACAAGAGCCAAUCUCACGCAAGGUGGUCGAGCAGGGGAUGUUUGUGAAGCACUGCAAGGUGGAGGUCUACCUCACAGAGCUGAAGCUGUGUGAGGACGGCAACAUGGACACUGUGGUGACCCGGCGCUUCAGCAAAGCAGACACGAUAGACACCAUUGAGAGGGAGAUGCGUAAGUUAUUCAGUAUCCCUGAUGAGAAAGAGACCAGGUUGUGGAACAAGUACAUGAGCAACACAUUCGAGCCUCUGAACAAGCCGGACAGCACUAUACAGGAUGCAGGACUCUACCAAGGACAGAUAUCCAUGCAGGUCCUGGUAAUUGAGCAGAAGAAUGAGGAUGGAACAUGGCCAAGAGGUUCCUCUGCACUUAAGUCAUCUGGUGCUUCCAAUCUCUCUGCUUUGCCAAAGAUCUCCCCUUCAUCUCUCCCAAACAAUCAUAACAGCAGCUUCAACAGCAGGAAUGUGAAAAACUCUGGCUACAGCCUUCCGUCCUACCACCCAUAUAACAGCUACGAGUGUUCAGACCAGGGCAGGCAAAGUGAGAGGCCGGGCUUGUGUGGACUUUCCAACCUGGGAAACACCUGCUUUAUGAACUCUGCCGUCCAGUGUUUAAGUAAUGUACCUCCUCUCACGGAGUACUUCCUGAAGGAUAAGUACAAUGAUGAGUUGAACGAGGACAACCCUCUGGGCAUGAAGGGGGAGAUCGCCAAAGCCUACGCUGAGAUCACCAAGCAGUCGUGGUCUGGGAAGUAUAGCUACAUCACACCUCGGCCCUUUAAGACCCAGGUGGGUCGCUUCGCCCCCCAGUUUUCGGGCUACCAGCAGCAGGACUCGCACGAGCUGCUGGCUUUCCUUUUGGACGGUCUGCACGAGGACCUAAACCGCAUCAGGAAGAAACCCUACAUACUGCUCAAAGACGCGGAGGGCAGGCCUGACAAGGUGGUAGCAGAGGAGGCGUGGGAGAACCACAUCAAAAGGAACGACUCCAUCAUUGUGGACAUCUUCCACGGCUUGUUCAAGUCUACCCUGGUGUGCCCUGUCUGCUCAAAAGUGUCUGUCACCUUUGACCCCUUCUGCUACCUGACCCUUCCACUACCCAUGAAGAAGGAGCGCUCCCUGGAGGUCUUCCUGGUCAGGCUGGAUCCCCUGGCCAAACCCACACAGUAUAAACUGACCGUGCCCAAGGUGGGCUACAUAUCAGACCUUUGUGCCUCACUCUCUGCUCUGUCUGGCGUCCCUGCUGAGAAGAUGAUUGUAACCGAUAUCUACAACCACCGCUUCCACCGAAUAUUUGCCACCAACGAGAACCUAAGCAGCAUUAUGGAGAGGGACGACAUCUACGUCUUUGAGGUGGCAGUGAACCGGCUGGAGGACACGGACCACGUGGUGAUCCCGGUCCACCUCAAAGAGAAGUACAAGCAGUCCGGGUACAACCACACCUCUUCCCCUCUGUUCGGCCAGCCCUUCCUUAUCACCGUCCCCAGAACGCUUAGCGAGGACAAGCUCUACAACAUGCUGCUGCUACGCCUCUGCCGGUUUGUGCAUUCAGCCGUUGAGGAGGAGACGACAACUCCGUUACCUAAACAACACGCUGUCAAUGGGAAUGCAACUAAUGGAGUCCUGGAGGAGAACUCGCCAACAAUUCCAAAACCUGACGGGCUGAUCCUGUCCGUUCCAGGCGAGAUGGAGACUGACGAACAGGACGGCGACGACGAGUCCAGCCAGGACCAGGAGCUGCCCUCCGAGAACGACAACAGCCAAUCGGAGGACUCGGUGGGGGGCGGAGACAACGAGCUAGAGAACGGGGUUGGUCCGGAGGAAGAGAACUCUGGGUCAAGAGGUCACCAGAACCAGACCACUACAACGAAGGUGGAGAAGAAUAGGCUGUUUACAUUCCAGUUCAACAACAUGGGCAAGACGGACUUCAGCUUAAUCAAGGAUGAACCGCGCCAGAUCCGAUUCGACGAGGGGCACCUCCGGCUAAGUGACAGGUCCUAUCUCUCUUUGGACUGGGAACCAGAGGUGAAGAAGAAACACUUUGAUGAGAGGAUCACAGAGGUCUUUGAAAAGCACGAGAGCAUGGAGUACAAGCCUCAGAAGAAGGCCUUCUUCAAGCUGAAAGACUGCAUCGAGCUGUUCACCACCAAGGAAAAGCUGGGAGCUGAGGACCCCUGGUACUGUCCGAACUGCAAGGAGCAUCAGCAAGCCACUAAGAAGCUGGACCUGUGGUCUCUGCCUCCAGUCCUGGUGAUUCAUCUAAAGAGGUUCUCCUACAGCAGAUACAUGAGGGACAAGCUGGACUCCCUGGUUGACUUCCCACUCACAGACCUAGACAUGUCAGAGUUCCUGAUCAACCCCAACUCUGGCCCCUGUCGCUAUGACCUCAUUGCCGUCUCCAACCACUAUGGAGGCAUGGGAGGAGGACACUAUACCGCUUACGCAAAGAACAAGGACGACGACAAGUGGUACCACUUUGACGACAGCAGCGUGUGUCCAGCCAACGAAGAUCAGAUAGUGUCCAAAGCAGCAUACGUGCUGUUCUAUCAGCGCCAGGACACAGUGAAGGGAACAGGCUACUUUGCAUUGGACCGGGAGGAGGAAGAGGACGACGAUGAAGAUGUGGAGGAGAACGGAGAAGCAGACGAGAGGAAGACCGGAAAGAUCCUCGCCUCAACCCAAGGGGCUUCUGCUUUAGCCCAGAGUGACGACGAGGAUGUCAACGACAACAAGAACGACAGCAAGCAGCAGCAGCAAGAGGAGGAGGAGGAGGAUGAAGACGACAACGAAGAGGAGGAGCCUAGCUGCGACGUCACCAUGAAAACCAACUGAGCAGGAGAAACAGAGUUUGGGACAGGGAUAUCAAUCCAAAGCCAUAUCGACAAAGUCGACGGAGCAGUGGGCCAGGCCUGAUGCCGCACUCCGACCUCUGACCCCAUCUGGACGUACAGACAGUGGGCUAGAUUGGGGAAUCCAACCAUGGAGAGGUUAGGUGCAAGUCAGUGCUGGAACACCCACAGGUGUGUGUGGUGUGACUGGCUGGACUGAUUCGGGUCUCAUUGUCUCUUCCAUGUACUUUCUACAUGAAUCUUUCACUCCAGAGGAAACUGAACGAUGGCGUCUUAACUGAAAUCGCACUGAUCCAUUACAAGCUUUAGGAAUGCCUGCAUUACGGGAGUUCAUAACUGCAUAAAACUCAGAAUGUCACAGUGUUGCUGCUUGUCGCUCCUAAUCGACCCCCUCCCACCCACCUGCUUUAAUUUUGUUACAUUUUUAUAUUUUUGAAGAGAGCAAUGCAUUGACAUAUUAUUUUACUUUUGCUAUUUUUAAGAUUUUUUUUGUUUAAAUAAUUCUUUUGACAUAUAUCAUAUAGGUUUUCAUGACGCGCUGAAACCUUUUUGGGGGUUCGUUCUCAUACUUCAGUUUUUUGUUGCACAGUCACCCAUUUUUAUAUAGGAAUAGUUAUUAGUGCCACAAGUACUGCAAUUUCUUUACACUUUUUUCUCCAAGCCAAGAUCGCCUGAGUUAAAAUGAUUUGAAUGCUGCCUUUUUAAACACUGUGGUCAAUGCCACAGAGUGACUCCGCUUUCUAGGGACACUUUAGCCUGUAAGAUCACAAUAUGGUUGUGUGAACCACGGUGCCCGAUACUAGCUAAGCACACCCACUCUGCACUGUGUGGGCGAGGAAGAGAAACAGACACGUAUUAAUGUAAAACGGCCAAACCGAUAAAAUCAACGUGGACAAUCUUGCAUUUUUUGUGACAGAACUAAUGUACAAGCCUUCUGUUCUUUGCCUCUUAUUCUGCUCCCUGCAGGAAGUAUCCUUCAAGGCACUCAAAGCCCCGAUCCAGGAAUAACCUCUAAGCCCUUUCACGUUUUCGUAGAUUUUAAGUUUUUUGGGGCGGAAAGGAAAUCCCCCUUGUGUGUCACAUGACAAGUUGGAACCAUACUUGUUCAGUUCUUUCACACCUGCAUAAGUGAUUAGGAGACGUAUUGGCUUGUGGUGUGGUCUGCUGUGUUCCAGGCCCCACCUCAAGCUGGAUCAUACAUGUCUAGCUUGUUGCAUGUCUAGCUUUACGCGCCUUCUUGAGCCACUCCUUCACUACUUGCUUCUCCUAGAGGCUGUUUUGAGAUUUUGAAUAUUGGUGACACAUUAGAUUUCUGUCUCUUGGUUUGAUCACCUCAGCCUUAACUCUUAAUCUCAGAUUGUAGCCGUUUAUUUGCACAUUAUUUCGUCACACUGUCUGUCUGCAUGGCCCAGAAACACACACACACACACACACACACACACCAGGAAACACAUCCACUACUACCAGAAAUCAACAGUUACACAUGAGGGCCGGAAUGUAUGCUGAAUGAAUGACUAUUAUACUCAUGCUGUAAAUGAUGCCUUCCAUUCACUGUAGGGCCAGUUUGAAUUUUUUGUUUUUUUUGUUUUGCCUGUUCUUGUUUUGGUUGAAUGUGAGGGGGAAUAUAUAAGGAGUGAGUUGCCUUUAUUAGAAAUUCUAUAAAAAUAGUUGGGUACUGCUGUAUGUGUCCUUGGUUCCAAGGGAAAAUAUAAAAUGUCAUUGUGAUCCGUUGUUUGGAGCAGGGUCUUCCUCUGUAAAGGGGAAUGAGGGAGGAAGGGGUUAUGGGUACUAAUGAGUGAGUGAGAUGUGAUAAUUACAUAUAGGCUAUUCAAUACUGUACAUAAGAGUUCACUCUGUGAGUGCACAUUUGAUAAGAUUAUUUAUUUAUAUGUAAGCAUUUAAUAAUAAAAAUGUAUUUAAAGACUGGCAAGACCGAAUACGUAAUGGGGGGCAUUUAUAGUCCACUAGUCCAGGGUUGGGUCUUAAUUGAGGCCUAUUAGCUAUAGUGCGCUGCUUUUGAAAGAGAUACUACACGUGGCUCUGUUCAAAAGUGCUGCCCUCAUUAUGUAGUGUGCCAUUGUGGACAGAAGCCCGUCUUGCUUGUGCUCUUUUGAGGGAUUGGAAUCUUUUUAAAAGGAUGUUCUUUCGUUUUGACUUUUUUUUUGUAAAGGUGAAUAAAUCUGGACAUCCUUUGCAUGAAAUGGGGUUUUUCAGGUUUGGCUGUGCACUUGAGUUCACUUGAGUUUACAUUUGAAAUGUGCAUGUGUAUUUAUACACAAACUUCAAUAAAGUUGUGUAAAGCCUCAUA